GCUGCCGUUCGACGGACUUUGUGCGACGUAAACGGGUGUGUGCGAAAGUAUGAAGUGAAAUCGUACAGAAAAGUGUGUGAAAUGUUUAGUGAUAUUUUUUAUUGUGUUAAGAAUCCAAAAUGAGUGCGAACGGUUAGCAAAGUUUCCUACUUUCGGUGCAUAAAACACUGUAUACUCGCGAUACACGUAACAUUUCGUUCGAACUGUUUCAAAAUGGCUGUGUUUUGAAGGACCCUUUGUCCGCUUUCGUGUGCUUCUUUCAGCAUGAUAGUGGGGUCAUACUGUCAGAAACCUGACUUCGAGAGGUGAGGAAGGUCCUUGAUAAGUUAGAGUGGUCUCCGGGUGUAGAAACACUAGUGGAAAAGUACUGGUUCCCGCCGAAGUACGGUGUGUCGGUUGGGUGCUCUCUACGUGUUUCUACAGUGAAACUAAACGCUCACUUGCGACGUGGAAUGCAUGUCAUGUACCCUGAGCCGCCGGUGCAAUAUCGCAGCAGUCAGCCCCAGAGCACGCACCCCGAUUGCCAGCCGGCCGAGUCGCCGGCGCGCCAGCCAGCCAAAAAGCGUCGCGUGGUGAGCCCCAACGCGCAUCCACACACACCGCUGUUUUCGCAAGACAACACCUACAAGAACAAGUGCUGGUCAGGCGUCGGGCCGGGCUGCUGCACCGCGCCCGCCGUGCCGAGUCGCGCGUGCGAUGCGGAGCGGUCCCCGCCGCCCGCGCCCGCGCCGCCUCCCGCUCCACCCGUGCUUUGCACCAGACCCUGCUGCCGCGACGCUACUGUCGGAGAUAGCGAGCGACGUAUUAUCGAUAGCGGUGCGGCAGCAGCAGCGGCAAACGGCGGCAGAGGCGGCAGCGCCGCGCGGCACAGGACGGCGCCGCAAGCCACGACGACGGCGCACGGCAAGCAGGCGGCGGGCGGGGCCAACCACCCGCCCCAGCCGCAAGGUAACCACAAACGCUCCGGAUGCGGCGGCGACGGCGAUUACCAGCUGGUGCAGCAUGAGGUCCUCUACUCCUCGUCCAACCGGUACGAGGUGUUGGAGUUCCUCGGGCGCGGCACCUUCGGACAGGUGGUGAAGUGCUGGAAGAAGGGCACCAACGAGAUAGUCGCCAUCAAGAUCCUCAAGAACCAUCCCAGCUAUGCUCGCCAGGGACAGAUUGAGGUGUCAAUCCUAUCCCGACUCUCGCAAGAGUCAGCUGACGAGUUCAACUUCGUCCGCGCGUACGAGUGCUUCCAGCACCGCUCGCACACAUGCCUGGUCUUCGAGAUGCUCGAGCAGAACCUCUACGACUUCCUCAAGCAGAAUAAAUUCUCCCCACUGCCGCUCAAGUACAUCAGGCCCAUUUUGCAGCAAGUGCUUACGGCACUGCUUAAACUUAAGCAAUUGGGCCUGAUUCACGCGGACCUGAAGCCGGAGAACAUAAUGCUGGUGGAGCCUGCGCGGCAGCCAUACCGCGUCAAGGUUAUCGACUUUGGCUCCGCGUCUCACGUCAGCAAGGCCGUCUGCAACACUUACCUGCAGAGCAGAUACUACAGAGCACCAGAGAUAAUCCUUGGCCUAGCGUUCUGCGAGGCAAUCGACAUGUGGUCUCUGGGGUGCGUAGUGGCAGAGCUUUUCCUGGGCUGGCCGCUCUACCCUGGCUCCUCAGAGUAUGACCAGAUCCGAUACAUCAGUCAGACGCAGGGCCUGCCCACCGAACAUAUGCUCAACAGUGCAUCGAAGACGGCCAAGUUCUUCUACCGCGAUGUGGACAGCACGUACCCGUUCUGGCGGCUGAAGACCCCCGAGGAGCACGAACUCGAGACCGGCAUCAAGAGCAAGGAGGCUCGCAAGUACAUCUUCAACUGUCUCGACGACAUCGGACAAGUAAACGUGCCAACUGAUCUUGAAGGCGGCCAACUCAUGGCCGAGAAAGCAGACAGAAGGGAAUUCAUCGAUUUAUUGAAGAGAAUGCUCACUAUGGACCAGGAGAGACGAAUAACUCCCGGCGAAGCUUUGAACCACGCGUUCGUGACACUCGCUCACCUCGUCGAUUACGCGCAUUGCAACAACGUGAAGGCAUCCGUGCAGAUGAUGGAGGUGUGUCGCCGCUCUGGCAGUAGCGGCGUAGGGGGAGUGGGGGGCGUUGGGGUGGGGGUGCCUGCGGGGGGUGACUAUGUGGGCAGUGUGGUUGCACCAGCCGCGCCGCCGUCUGCACAUCAUCUUGCCUUGACUAUCAAUCAGCAGAGGUUGAGAGCUGCGCCUUAUGAUAACCUGUAUCAGCUGUACCAAGGCGGUCGUGUGGCUGUGGGUAGCGCGCGGCAGUACACCACUCGCGCUGCAGAACCAUUCCCGCACCAAUUCGUUUCCUCCAUACUCUGCCAGCCUGCUUACCAAGUGCAGCAACUGGCGGCAGCAGCCGCGGCCGCCGCUGCUGCGCAUCACCAGCACGCGGCCGGCGUGGGCGUGGGCGGCGUGGGCGUCGGCGGCGUGGGCGUGGGCGUCAGCGACAUGGGCGAAUGGCGCGCGCCGAUCAUCGCCGUGGAACCGGCAGGACUGGGAGACGCGGUGUGGGAUUUCCACUCCCACCAGCCGCACCCGCACCCCGCCGUGCACCCUACGCACUCGACACACCUCAACUCGCACAAGAGAUCAACAAAGCAGCAGGCGGGCGCGCCGGCGCACUACCAGCCGCAGCACCAAACGCAUCAAUACAGUAUGACCGGUAGUGGCGGUAAGAAGGAGCCAACGCAACUGUCGCCCGUUAAGAAACGCGUCAAGGAAGGGACUCCGCCUUCGAGGCACAGGCAUCAUCAUCAUGAUCAUAAUAACUCCCGCCCAAGCAACACGACGUGGGAGAGUGGCGCAGGCUCAAGCACCGCCGGCGCAGCGCAUACAAUCACCAUCCGCGACACGCCGUCACCUGCCGUUUCCGUCAUCACCAUCUCGGACUCCGACGACGACGCCGAUGCUCCGCGACGCAACAACACGCAGCCGUCGAAUAGCAGAGUCCGGUGCGUAGUCGGAAGCGGCGAGUGCGCAGGCGUGAUCUGCAGCGCGCGCAGUCCUCGCGACGACAGACACGUGAAGCGCGAGCCGCACCAGCCCUGCCACCACCACCACACGCAACAAGCACAACCUCAGCAGCCGUCAACAUCACGCGCGAAUGUCGUUGCACAGACGCAAACGCAAGUCCAGGCGCAGACACAAACGCAGACGCAGGCACAGGCGACGCCGCAGAGCCAAAAGAAGCGGCUAUUGGCUCUCGCACAGCAGGAGGCACAGGCCAAACAGGAGCCCAGCCAAGAGCACCCGCCCACACACUAUAGCGGGUCCACAGUACGCCAGACGAACGAUUACCAGUGCAAUCAGUAUGUGCCACCGCAACAAAAUAAGAGAGAUAGCAGCGGUGGUUGCCGAGACUACAUGUCAUCGAACGGCGUAAGCGCAGUAAACGCCGUAAGCGCCGUUAACCCCGUGAGCGCCGUGGGACCUCCUGCGGCGCACAAGCACGCCGCGCCGCAACCAGCGCCGCACGCGUGGCACCACCACCCGCACCCGCACUACAAGACGAGCAGCGGAGGAGUGUUGUCGCCGGGUGGCGGCGUGUCGCCGGGCUACUUGCCGCCACCGCUCUACGUACCUACAUACCAUUACCAUACCGGCGGCGUGGGCGGCGUGGGCUCGGUGGCCGGCGUGGGCGUGGCCGGCCCCCCUCCCGCGCACCACGGCAGCGGCGCGCGCCUGCCGCAGUACCUGCAGCCGUACUCGCCCACGUACCUGGUGCACCCGCACGCCGCGCACCCCGCGCACCACGCGCACGCGCACCAGCACCCGCAGCACCUGUGGUACACCGACUGAUGCGCCGCGCCGCCAGCCCCCUGGCUGUGAACCGCCCGCUGCUUCGGUUGAAGUCCUCCCGAGGUAGCGCAUCCAAAAAUGUACCCUCUACCAUCCGUUGAAUCGGGCCGCGUCGGCGACGUCGAGGCGCGCUCGGCGACCUUACCGCGUCGCCGCCGCCGGUAAGGGCGCCGGAGCCGCCGUGCCGGGGAAGCAAAAAUUCGACCGACUCUUCACACUGCAAUUUUUAAAUCAAAACUCUGACUAGUGUGUUUCGUUACGUGUAUUUUGCAGUUCCUUAAUGAUUAAUUGUUACAUCGCAGCGAACGAGCUCGGUGUUAUAUUCUAUACGACUGUACAAAUUGAAUGUUUCGUUUAGGAUAUUUUUAAAUUAUUUUCAAAAUGUACACGACCUACCGAGUGUAGUCGCAUAGUAUGUGAAUCGAUGUUUAUAACUUAAAUAUAAAAUAUGUUUAAUCAACUUGAGCUCACGAGUGUACGAGCUCGCGCCUUUCGGCAAUUAUUAAAUAGGUUACAAUUGAUUUUCUAAUGUAUUUUUAUCAUGCCUACGACAGGUAGGCAGGGCUGACAAAAGUUCAUUUGUUUACUUGUAUCAUAUGGAUUGUAAAUUUCGAGUUAAUUUUAUUAUGAUUUUUUGCUGCGAAAGCGAAGCGAGUAGGUUGCAUUUACUAAUAUUUUAUCGUAGUUAUUAGUGUUUGUACCAAAUGUUUUAAUAUUGGGGGUGUAUUCUUAUCGACGCGGCGCGAGGCGCGUGCACAGCGCCCCGCGUCGUGACCGAGCGUUACAUGUACGAGCGAUAUGUUAAUAUAACCGCAUACUUAAUGCAUUAUUAUGUACAUGUAUGAUCUAACGCUAAGAAAGUUAUUAUUUAUAGGUAUUUUAGUUCUAUGUGACGGUGAUUUUGUCAAUUACAGUUUGAUUUUAACUUGUAUGUAGUAUAACAGUUUGCUUUAGGUAUGAGAUUUAAAAUACGUUUUAUGUUACGUUCCAUAUCACGUAGUUUAAGUGCGGUCGUCCGCGAGUUUAUAACAAAACAAACAAAACAUU